AUGAAGUCCCUCCUCCUCCUCCUAGCCCCCCUCCCUGUCCUCGCUUCCCUAAACUGCACGCUCACGGCACCCCUCAAAAUAAACUGCUGUCCCAACAAAGCAUCAGAGGAAGUGAAAACCUAUCCUAUCGGACAUAUGAUUAUGCUGGGUUGCGCAUCGGAUGAUACAACGGAUGGGCGCUGGUUCUGGAAUUACAACGGAUUGUAUACGCCUACAACGAAAGAUGUUACCGGCUGUGUUCUUGGGAAUCGGACGUAUCCGAGCACUGAUGUUCUCCCCGCCUGUAGCAAAGACCAAUUCGUACUCGACCUCUUAAAAGACAAACACCCCUUCCCGCUCGACGCAUGUGACCCGAAAUGCGUGACUAAUAAGAAUUUCCCGAACCAAACGUGGUUUGGAGAUGAUAUGCCUUGGAAGGAGUGA